GGUAAUUGUCAGUUCAGACAAAAUCACAAUCUGCAGUGAAGCAAGUCAAUAGUUUAUUUAAAUUUUCUUCUAGAUUUAUAGAAGCAACGAACGACUAUUUCAGUCUUUGUUCUUGUUGUUGAAAAGACGAAAUUUGUGCCCGAUUAGAUGGAAAAAUAUCCAAAUGUCCUUUAAUUUUAGGGUCGUGCAACAGCUGGACUGCUCAUCCACGAGAAAAAAAUUACACGACAUGGCCGGAACCAAAGAUCUCCUCCUUUCCGAAAUUUCGUCACCAGUGAAAGACAGUGAAUCGAAAGUCACUGUCGUUGGUGUUGGCCAAGUCGGAAUGGCUUGUGUUUUCAGUAUUUUGGCACAAAAUGUAUCACACGAUGUUGUCCUUAUUGACUGCGUGGAGGACAAACUCAAGGGAGAACUGUUGGAUCUUCAACACGGUUCACUUUUUCUCAAAAAUCCAAGAAUCAAUGCUAGUUCAGACUAUGCAGCCUCUGCUGGUUCUCGCCUUUGCAUUGUAACAGCUGGAGUCCGCCAACGUGAGGGCGAAUCCCGUCUGGAUUUAGUCCAACGCAACACUGACGUCCUCAAAAAUAUUAUCCCGAAACUAGUCAAAUAUUCGCCAAACACAGUUCUACUCAUCGUAAGCAACCCUGUCGAUAUCCUCACCUACGUCGCUUGGAGACUUAGCGGAUUACCAAAGCACAGGGUUCUGGGUUCAGGAACCAAUCUGGAUUCGUCCAGAUUCAGAUUUUUGAUGUCGCAAAAGCUGGGAGUGGCUCCGAGCAGUUGCCAUGGCUGGAUUAUAGGCGAACAUGGCGAUUCCAGCGUGGCGGUGUGGUCCGGUGUGAAUGUAGCCGGUGUCCGCUUACGCGAAAUUAAUCCGAGUAUGGGGACGCAACAGGAUCCGGAACGUUGGGACCAGGUGCACAAGGAAGUGGUUAACAGUGCCUAUGAGAUUAUCAGGCUGAAGGGUUACACCAAUUGGGCGAUUGGACUGAGUGUUGCCUCAUUGGCGCAAAGUAUACUCAACAAUUCGCACAAUGUUCAUGCUGUUUCUGUUAAUGUUAAGGGCUUCCACGGUAUAGAACAGGACGUAUACUUGUCCCUACCAGCAGUUUUAGGCCUUAAUGGAAUAUCAAACGUGGUACAACAGCCUUUAAACGAAACAGAAAAAUCCCAACUACAACAAUCCGCAUCUGUUAUACACGAAGUGCAAAAAAAUCUCGAAUUGUAAACGAAUUAGUAUUAUUCUUGUGAUAUCUAUCGACUUGUCCAACAUACCGUGAGUUUAAAUAAAACGUGGUCAAAAGCGAAAUUUCUUAUUUAACCUAAAUAGAAGAAGAAAUGUAAUAAAAAAAAUAAAAACAACACAGGAAAAGAAAAAAGAAAUGUAUGUAAUAAAAGUAUUAAUUUUUAUAUACAAGUCAGGUCAGGUCAAGUCAGGUCAAUUUAACUUAAACAAGAGAAGAUCUGUAAUGAACAAAAAUAAAAACAAAAGAGGAAAAGAAAAAAAGAAAUGUAUGUAAUAAAAGUAUUAAUUUUUAAAUACAAGUCAGGUCAGGUCAGGUCAGAUCAGGUCAAUUUAACUCACAUAGGAGAAGAGAUGAAUGAAAAAAAAAUAAAAACAAAACACGAAAAGAAAAAAGAAAUGUCAGGUCAGGUCAAUUUAAUUUAAACAAGAGAAGAAAUGUAAUGAACAAAAAUAAAAACAAAAGAGGAAAAGAAAAAAAGAAAUGUAUGUAAUAAAAGUAUUAAUUUUUAAAUACAAGUCAGGUCAGGUCAGGUCAGAUCAGGUCAAUUUAACUCACAUAGGAGAAGAAAUGUAAUGAAAAAAAUAAAAACAAAACACGAAAAGAAAAAAGAAAUGUCAGGUCAGGUCAGGUCAGGUCAGCGCACUCUUGACCAUAUUUUUAUUCAAACUCACGAUAUGAUAUUUAUUGAAUGUAGCAUAAUUGUGACUAUUUAUUGUUAUAUCACUCUGUCCACGUCUAUUUUUAUAAACUUUUAUACAGCUU